AUGGCCAUGCAAUAUCUCAACCAAAUAAAAAACCUACGGCGUUCGUCGCAAAUGAUUAGCGCGCCCAAGCCUGUCUUGACAGCAGAAGAUGAAGCCUACCUACGGGAAGUCACAGGCAAACCAGAACCUGCAGAGCAGAAUGAGCAAAACCAACAUGGAAGUCCUGUUGGGGCAUCUCUACAACCUACAAUAAGCGAACAAGCUGAAAACAUCCCUCUACCUACCUCGCCUGGGGAGGAGUUGGGGAAGGAGCUUGGUGAAGAGGGUAGGCAAGAACGGAGGAGCUCUCAGCCAACAUUGGGAAGGUCAGAGACAUCAAAAUCUGAAGUCCCGAAGCCAUCGCAGAAGAAGAAACGGUGGAGUGCGAUGUUUUGGAAGAAAAACACGGAGAAGGACAAAGAGGUCCACGACGCAAACAAAUCGGAAAUCGACACCGCGACUCCUAUCACAUCGGAUACGUCAACCGACGGGAAAGACGCAGAUAAAGAUAAAGAUGCCGAAGAUAUGACGGAUAUUCUAGAGCGAUUGAACCUGGCAGCGGAUAACAACCGUGUAUUUUCGGUCAGCGAAGAGACACAAGAGCUUUUACGGAAGUUCAAGCUCAUUUUCAAAGAUCUAAUCAACGGUGUCCCAACUGCCUAUCAUGACCUGGAGAUGCUGCUCACCAAUGGGAAUCGCCAGCUACAAGAAACAUAUACGAAGCUACCUAGUCCUAUGCAAAAGUUGAUCGAGAAGCUUCCCGAGCGUUGGACCGAGACUUUGGCUCCGGAGAUGCUGGCGGUUGCUGCCGACCGUGCAGGCAAGAGCGGUGUCAACAUGGAGAAUGUGGGCAAGGCAGCUGCAGCUGCAGAGAAGAUGGGAGUCAAUAUGCCAAGUCUCAAGGAGCUUGUGUCGAAGCCAGCUGCUCUGGUAGGAAUGCUGCGAUCUAUCAUGGCCUUCCUACGAGCUCGAUUCCCGGCUGUUAUGGGUAUGAAUGUGCUCUGGUCUCUGGCAUUGUUUAUUCUUCUCUUUGUGCUGUGGUACUGCCACAAGCGCGGACGCGAAGUGCGUUUGGAGAAUGAGCGUCUUGUCACGGAAGAAGAGAUCGCCAAGCUCAAUGAAAAUACCUCCGAGGGUCUUAUUCGCCCUACUGAGACUUUGACGACUACUGCACCACCAGGUGCUUCGUCCGAUGAAAUACGUGAAGGCGUAAGAAAGGUAGAAGAGGCCCGCGCGGCUCCAGUUGCACUUGCCCCCACCGAAGUGGAGAACGAAAGCCACCAAAGUACCCGGCCAGCGGCAGUUCCUGCUCGGUCGAAAUCUCGUUUGUCCAUGUUUGGUCGAGCCAAGACAGAGCCUGUGCCUCAUACUGUUGCUCCUUAUCCUGGCACUUAA